GGAUAAUCAUGAUUUAACUUCCUGAUUAUGUUACCAAUGGAUGUCGAUAUUCAUCCUAACAGUAGAAACGGUGCUUCCUCUGUUUACCACGGACGACGACUAAGUACAGAUAUACCUGAUAGUAUUAAUGUUUCGGUUGGUGAUUCUAGUAACAUCAGGUCAUCAUAUGUAGACUCAUCUAUGUCCGCAACUGGUACUAUUCGAAGCGAUAUUUGUGCAAGUGACAGUAGGAUGCUUAGUUCCCUGAAUGAACAUGUCAGUACUUGCGAGUCUAAUAAUCCUGUUUCUCGUUGUUGUUCGUUUGGAGAUGCAUUAUUGACUAGCACUCACAGUUCACAUGUUAUCUCAUCUGCUACGAAUGCUAAAUCGAGUGCUCAACAAUCUAAUGAUCGUCUAGCAUAUACUGCCGAACGUCAUCCCGUCAGUUCGUUUGAAGCUAUGAACCGUUUUCGUAAAAAUAAGGAAUUGUGUGAUGUAGUUCUGUUGGUCGAUGGUCGCGAAAUUUACACACACCGCGUUGUGUUGGCCGCCUGUUCCGCUUAUUUUAGAGCAAUGUUCACCGGAGAACUUGCAGAAUCCCGACAGACUGAGGUUACUCUCUAUGAUUUAGAUGGCGAUGCCGUGGAAACUCUCAUAGACUUUUGUUAUACCAGCCAAAUAACAGUGGAAGAAUGUAAUGUUCAAAAUCUACUCCCAGCUGCCUGUCUCUUGCAACUUACAGAAAUUCAGGAUGUUUGCUGUGAAUUUUUAAAGCGCCAGCUAGAUCCAUCCAAUUGUCUUGGAAUUCGAGCAUUUGCAGAUACACACGCCUGCAGAGGCCUAUUACGUGUAGCUGACCAGUUUACACGUUUAAACUUUCUUGAAGUUGUAGCAUCUGAAGAAUUUCUUCUAUUACCUGUCAAUCAUCUUGUAGAUAUUUUACGUUCAGAUGAUUUAAAUAUUAACUCAGAAGAACAAGUAUAUUAUGCUGUUAUGCGUUGGAUGCAUCAUAAUUUGUCUGAUCGUCGUCCUUAUCUAUCUUAUUUACUAGAACAUGUACGAUUACCACUUCUUAGUCCGAAAUUUCUAGUUGGUAUAGUUAGUACAAAUUUAUUAGUACGUUCAGAUGAACGUUGUCGUGAUUUAGUCGAUGAAGCUAAAGAUUAUUUAUUAUUACCUCAAGAACGUCCACUAAUGCAAGGUCCACGUACUGUACCGAGAAAAAUUUUACAAGGAGGUGAAUUAUUAUUUGCAGUUGGUGGAUGGUGUUCAGGGGAUGCAAUCGCCUCAGCUGAACAUUAUGAUUCACGUACACAUAAAUGGCAUCUUGUAGCCCCAAUGCAUAAGAGACGUUGUGGUGUUGGUGUUGGAGUUGUCUAUGAUCUUCUUUAUGCCGUUGGAGGACAUGAUGGACAUAGUUAUUUAAAUUCAGUUGAAAGAUAUGAUCCACAAACAAAUCAAUGGUCAUCAGAUAUUGCUUCAACUAGUACUUGUCGUACAAGUGUCGGUGUAGCUGUAUUAAAUGGUUCUAUGUAUGCUGUUGGUGGACAAGAUGGUGUGUCUUGUUUGAAUUUUGUCGAAUGUUAUGAUCCCAAUGUAAAUAAAUGGCUCAAGGUAUCUAGCAUGAUUACUCGUCGUUUAGGUGUCGGUGUUGCAGUUUUAAAUGGUCAGUUAUAUGCUGUCGGCGGUUCAGAUGGUCAACAACCUUUGUCGUCUGUGGAACAUUUCGAUCCUCGUGUUGGCACAUGGCAUCAGAUUUCCUGUAUGGGAACUAAACGUAAACAUUUAGGUGUAACUGUCUAUAAUGGUCUGAUAUACGCUGUAGGUGGAAGAGAUGAAAUUGCAGAAUUAUCCUCUGUAGAAUGUUUAGAUUUACGCAGUCGUACAUGGACUCCUGUUGUGGCAAUGACAUCACGACGUAGUGGAGUUGGGUUAGCUGUAGUUAACAAUCAAUUAAUUGCAAUUGGUGGAUUCGAUGGUGCUACUUAUUUGAAAUCUGUGGAAAUUUAUGAUCCAGAUACAAAUUGUUGGUCAAUACAAGGCAGUAUGAAUUCCAGACGUUUAGGUGGUGGAGUUGGUGUUAUACGUUUGAUUAAUUCACAAUUUAAUGUUAAUCAUACAUCAUUGAUUAGUAAUAAUUCUGUAAGUAAUUAUAGUACUACUACAAGUCGUAGUAUUGGUUAUGUGAAUAAUAAUAAUAAUAAUAACAAUACUAAUAGUACCAGUUGUAACAACAGUCUAACCAAUGAUGAGUCACUUGGUUUAUCUAUGAUCGAUUCAAUAUUUCCACCUGGUUUACCAAUUUCCACAACUAAUAUCAAUAACAAUAUUAGCAAUAGUACUAGUAGUAGUGGUAAUAAUCAUAAUAAUAUUGGCAGUAGUAGUAUUUCUCAAUCACUCAUAAGAAAUGUACCUAAUUCAACAGUUAUUUCUUCUACAUUGAGUAAUGGUGAAUCAACAAUCACAGCUACACUGUCAUCAUCGUCAUCAAUAACAAAUUCUGGUCAAAUGAACAUUUCAAGUACCAGAUCAAAUAGUACAUUUUUAUUUUAA